AUGCGUGUCGAUCUUUUUAUCUUUAUUUGCCGGCGCUAUGACGAGAUCACCAAUCAACUCAGUGAGACUCCACCAAGCACAGAAGGGUUGGUUCAACUUCAAGCCUAUCUACGUGAUGUCAAUAAUAGCUUGGUAUACAAGCUGAAAACAGAUGUCGAAGAGGCCGCAGAGCGAGUCAACUUUCUACUUGAUUGCGCCAUAAUGCCAGCUGAAGAUCUGAAGCUUCACUCAACCCUCUUCUUUUGGCCGGAACAUGUAAACACUGUCCUUGAUAUCGCGACAAAUAGACUGGGGGGGUUGCGGGACAGUGCAGAAGAAGAUCUCAGGAGUCGUGUUACCCAACUUGAGCAGCGCUUAUCAUCAAGUGCUGACAAGAUUGAACAGAUGAAAAAGCGUGAGUUGAUUUCACAAGAAGAAAUGGCCAAGGCGAAACAAUUUUUAGACGAUUUUCAAACGGAGAUUGAUGCGUUUACCGAUGAGGCAAAUCGAAUAAAUCAAGAGGAAGCCUUACUUCAAUGGGAGCUGACCUGCUUUUUGCAGCUACAUGACCUUCGUCGUCUCAUGGAUCCUUAUGAUAAGCUUUGGCGUACAGCUUAUAACUUUGACACCAAGAAUCGCUCAUGGCUUCAGUCACCCUACCACCAAUUAAAUGCACUAGAAAUUGAAAACGAAAUUUCAGAUAUGUUCAAGGUCAUCCAUAAAUUAACUAAAACUUUGGUGGACCAGCCUGGACCGAGCAAGGUGGCGCAAAAGAUCAAGUCAAAAUUGGAGAAAUUUCAAGUUUUCCUACCGAUUAUUCAAGUUGUCUGUAAUCCGGGAAUUCAAGCUCGUCACUGGGAUCAGAUGAGUGAUAUCAUUGGAUAUGACAUAAAGCCACGCCCAGAUACUAAUCUGAUAACCUUCCUCGAGUUCAACUUGAAGGAUAGUCUUCAGCAGCUUGAAGAGGUUGCAUCAGCGGCCUCUCGAGAGCAUCAACUUGAGACGACAAUGCUUCGAAUGAAGGAGGAGUGGAAUUCGAUGCGCUUUGAGCUCCUUCCUUACCGAGACACUGCUGUAUACAUUCUCUCCGCUGUAGAUGAUAUUCAAGUGCUUCUAGACGAUCAUAUAAUUAAGGCUCAAACAAUGAGAGGAUCACCAUAUAUUAAACCUUUCGAGAAAGAUAUGAAAAUUUGGGAGGAUAAACUUGUGUCAAUGAAUGACAUUUUAGAUGUUUGGCUCAAGGUGCAAGCUACAUGGCUUUAUCUUGAACCAAUAUUCUCUUCUGAGGACAUUCUUGCUCAAAUGCCAGAAGAAGGCCGUAAAUUUGGCGUAGUUGAUGUAUUAUGGCGCGAAUUAAUGACGGAGUCGGUACGAAAUCCGAACUGCCUGGUGGCAACCGACCAACGUGAUAUGCUUCGUCGUUUAAUGGAUGCCCAUCUCCUGCUUGAGGAGAUUCAGAAGGGGCUCAACGAUUAUUUAGAAAAAAAAAGGCUUUACUUUCCAAGGUACUUUUAUUAG